UUACAAGCGAAGUUGCUGCAUCUUUUUAGGAAGCUACAUGCUUUCUUUCGACACCCAAAGGUCGCAUGGUGUCAGGGACGCGCCUAGUCACGGGAACAGAACCGCGCGCGCUCACGAGCGGCAGGAUCGCGCUUUAACAGUGAAGUGUAUCAAACAGCGUGCGGGGAUCCAACCUAAUGGUUUACAUUGGGUCACAAGGACCAGUCAAUGAUUUGCGCCAAUUGUUUUUCCUUCUUGUUCGGCGUCUAUUUUGCAAACCUUUUGUAUUUUGCACGCGGAGGGGCUGACAGAGCAAACUCAUCUGUAUGAUCGGGGAGCAGGAGCACACAGUAUGGUCCGGGAAACCAGACAUUUAUGGGUGGGAAAUUUACCCGAAAAUGUACGAGAGGAGAAAAUCAUUGAGCACUUCAAGCGAUAUGGACGGGUGGAGAGCGUCAAGGUACUGCCCAAGCGGGGUUCAGAAGGUGGAGUUGCAGCCUUUGUGGAUUUUGUGGACAUCAAAAGUGCUCAGAAGGCUCACAAUGCUAUCAACAAGAUGGGGGACAGAGACCUGCGCACUGAUUACAAUGAACCGGGCACAAUUCCUAGUGCAGCCAGGGGGCUGGACGAUAGUCUGUCCUUAGGCUCUCGCGGCCGGGAUGUAUCAGGGUUCACACGGGCGGCAGGGGGUGCCGUGUAUGGGCCCCCCACGUCGCUCCACAGCAGAGAUGGACGCUAUGAACGCAGACUAGACGGGUAAGUGGACCAAGUUUCUCUGAAGGCAGGGGGAACCGCGGUUUCUAGUCAACACCUUACCCCCAAGCAUCUUUCCACCAUUUCAUUCACUUGUUCUGGGGUUCAAGAAGAAAGAAAGAGUUAAACC